AUGGCCUGUAAACCUCAGUCCUUUGACGGAAGAAAGGGAGCACUAGAAGCUCAAGACUGGCUCAACAGAAUGGAGUCAGUAUUAGACAUAUGUGAGUGUGAUGACCGCAACAAAGUACGGUUCGCUAUACAUAUGUUUGAAGCUGAAGCCCUUCACUGGUGGAACAUUGUGGUCCGAACAGAGGGAAAAGAAAAGGUUAAGGAGAUGAAGUGGGAGGAGUUUAUUCAUAAGUUUCUUGCUAAGUAUUGUCCUCCCAGUGAGACCGAGCAACUGGAAGUGGAAUUCUUUCUGUUAAAAAUGGGAAAUAAAACCUAUCGAGAGUAUGUUUCUCGUUUCAACGACAUAUCUCGACUGGUUUCUUAUUUAGCAUUGACUGAGGAACAACUGAUCAAUAGGUUUAUUUGGGGUCUACCCUCUGAAAUGAGGGUGUUUAUCAAAUCCAAAUCCCCCAAGACUUUUGCAAAAACUGUUGAGGCUGGCGCCGUCAUGGCUGCCGAGAUGAUUUUGCGGCAGGCUGAAUCUCCUGCACCAAAAAGAAAGUGGGAAGAAAGAAAGGGGGACACCCGGAAUAACAACUUUAAAAGGCCUAAAACAUUUCCUCAAUGUCAAAUUUGUAAACGCUUUCAUACAGGGGAAUGUCGUUUUCCUUGUCCAAAUUGUAAAAAGACGGGUCAUGCUCUUCAAGAUGCAAGGAAAAGAAGAAAUGUUUCAAAUGUGGAGACCCUAACCACAUGA